AUGCGUGCAGAUUGGAAUAAGCACUGGUGCCCAGCUACCGAUGGCAGCAGUGCUGGCUUCGAUGGGUGGACUGCCCACGAAGCUGCCUGCCUGCAGCGUUACUUUCCUUCUUUGGCAGACGAACUCUUUUGUUUAUGGCAGGACACCAUGGAACUUUGCAAUUCAAGCGAUGACUUGCCCCAAGACUUAGCCCUCCAGCUGUGGAGCUGGAGGGUUGUUGGUGUACCCAAAAAGUCCGAGUAUGACAGCCGCCCCAUCAGCGUCGGUUCCGUUUUGGUUCGGGCCUGGCAUCGUGCUAUGCUGUCCUGCUGUCCUGCCCCACCUGUGGGCCAAUGGUGUGGUAAGAAAAACUCCUCUGUUGUCAAGGCUACUGCCGAUUUCUUUGCUGCCAACACCGUCCACGUCGCCGAGACGGAUUUAAGUAAAGCAUUCGACCACCUGUGGCCUUCACUUGCCGAAGUGGCACUUGUCCAACUUGGUACUCCGCCACCUGUUGCUAUUAAGAGAGAAGACGUUGUCGAUCGUCUCUUUACUUGUCCUGGGACCAUUCAGGUUAAGUCCUUGUUUCGCGCUAUCACUCACGCUACCACCAAGUGGUGGUGUUAUGGUAGGUUUUGGUGCCAGCAAGUUGAAAACCACCCUGCUUUCGGUGUGGCCAUCCGUGGCCUUUGCAACGGACCUGGCCUCCUUUCCUCUGCCAGCCGCCAGCUCUCGGCGGCCCUCGCCCGGCAUGCCAGCGUGUUAUGCCUUCGCGUUGUUCGCACCACUCCCCAGCCUUUGUGGGUCAAAACCACCCGCCCUCCCGCCUCUCUUGGCAUCCCGCUAAGGGAUGGGCUUGCCACCUUUAACCAGGAAACACAAAUUGAUGUUGACAAUUGCGGCCACGGCUCUAACAUCCGUCAUGCCCUCCGCACGCGUGCCCGCCGCAUGCUGCUCUCUCGCAUCAAUCGCAGCAGGUUUGAUUGCGAAGGUGUCGAAGAUAUUGAUGUGGAUUGCACCAGGCACAAGGUCUGGUGCGACUGGAUCAAAUCUUUGUCGCCUCCUGACACAACUGCGCUGUGCAUCUGGCGAAGUGGGGCCAUCUGGACCCCCACGCGCCGAUAUCACAGACCUCGGGCCCCCCAGCCUGAACUCACUGUGUGCCCCUUUUGUGGGUACGAGGCCGCAAGCGCCCGUCACUUCUGGGCAGAUUGCCCCGGAUUCAACAACGCGCGGAGCGAGCUCCAAUCCAUGCAUCACAUCGCCGCCUCUUGGUGGCAGAGCCAACCUCGUUGCACCAGCAAAUCUGGUUGGAUCACUCGCCAGGCUGCACGCACGGCUGCGCUUCGUGCCCAUUGCGCAGUCGCUGCGUGCAAGCUUGGCAUCCGCAUUUACCACGCCGUAAGAACUUACCGUCAGCUCUUCCAUCCGGAGCAGCUCAUCUCCGGAAAGGAAGAUGCUGCAAACAACUUCGCGCGCGGCCACUAUACUAUCGGAAAGGAGAUCGUGGACUUGGUUCUGGACCGCAUCCGCAAGCUUGCCGAUAACUGCACCGGGCUUCAGGGCUUCUGCGUGUACAACGCCUGCGGCGGAGGUACCGGAUCUGGCCUCGGCUGCCUGAUGCUCGAGCGCCUGUCCGUGGAUUACGGCAAGAAGAGCAAGAUCUCCUUCACGGUGUGGUGCUGCCCACAGGUUGCCACUGCGGUGGUUGAGCCGUACAACACGGUCCUGUGCGUGCACUCCCUUCUGGAGCACACGGAUGUGACGAUCAUGUACGACAACGAGGCGCUCUACGACAUUUGCCGCAGGAACCUGGACAUCGAGCGCCCCACGUACACGAACCUGAACCGCCUCAUCGCCCAGAUCAUCUCCAGCUUAACUGCCUCGCUACGCUUCGAUGGAGCCUUGAACGUGGACAUCACGGAGUUCCAGACUAACCUGGUGCCCUACCCGCGCAUCCACUUCAUGCUGACGUCCUACGCCCCCGUCAUCUCUGCGGAGAAGGCCUACCACGAGCAGCUGUCCGUCGCCGAGAUCACCAUGUCCGUCUUCGAGCCGGCUUCAAUGAUGGUGAAGUGCGACCCACGCCACGGCAAGUACAUGGCCUGCUGCAUGAUGUACCGUGGCGACGUGGUGCCGAAGGAUGUGAACGCUGCCGUGGCCACCAUCAAGACCAAGCGCACCAUCCAGUUCGUGGACUGGUGCCCCACCGGCUUCAAGUGCGGCAUCAACUAUCAGCCGCCUACCGUGGUGCCCGGUGGUGACCUGGCAAAGGUCAUGCGCGCCUGCUGCAUGAUCUCGAACAGCACGGCCAUUGCGGAAGUCUUCUCACGCAUUGACCACAAGUUCGACCUCAUGUACUCCAAGCGUGCCUUCGUCCACCACUACGUCGGGGAAGGCAUGGAGGAGGGUGAGUUCUCCGAGGCUCGAGAGGAUCUGGCGGCGUUGGAGAAGGACUACGAGGAGGUUGGGAUCGAAACUGCGGAAGGAGAAGGAGAGGAGGAGGGCUACGGCGAUGAGUUCUGA